AUGGUUUAUGAAGCAAAACCCUUUGAUCCGAUCACGGUAAAAUCAAGCAACAAAAGACGCGUUGCUUAUUUUUACGAUGCAGAUGUUGGGAACUAUGCGUACGGAGCAGGCCACCCGAUGAAGCCACACAGAAUAAGAAUGGCACAUUCUCUUAUCAUGAAUUAUGGUCUCUACAAGAAGAUGGAAAUUUACAGAGCUAAACCGGCAACGAAACAAGAAAUGUGUCAGUUCCAUACUGACGAGUACAUAGAUUUUUUGUCGAGGGUCACACCGGAUAAUUUGGAAAUGUUUAAAAGAGAGAGUGUUAAGUUCAAUGUUGGAGAUGAUUGUCCUGUCUUUGAUGGUCUCUAUGAGUAUUGUAGUAUAUCCGGUGGGGGUUCUAUGGAAGGAGCAGCUCGUCUAAAUAGGGGCAAGUGUGACGUUGCUGUCAAUUAUGCAGGUGGUUUACAUCAUGCAAAAAAAUCAGAAGCUUCCGGAUUCUGUUACUUAAAUGAUAUAGUACUGGGUAUCAUUGAACUACUACGAUACCACCCCAGGGUUUUGUAUAUCGAUAUCGAUGUUCAUCACGGUGAUGGUGUCGAAGAAGCGUUUUAUACUACGGAUCGUGUCAUGACAUGUUCUUUCCAUAAAUAUGGUGAGUUUUUUCCUGGCACAGGUGAAUUGAGAGACAUUGGGGUGGGCACAGGAAAAAACUAUGCGGUCAAUGUGCCGUUGAGAGAUGGUAUUGAUGAUGCUACAUAUAGAUCUGUGUUUGAACCAGUGAUAAAGAAGAUCAUGGAAUGGUAUCAACCUUCUGCUGUUGUGUUACAAUGCGGUGGUGACUCCUUAUCGGGUGAUCGUCUCGGUUGCUUUAAUCUUUCUAUGGAAGGUCAUGCUAAUUGUGUUAACUAUGUGAAGUCCUUUGGUAUCCCAAUGAUGGUUGUAGGUGGGGGCGGCUAUACUAUGAGAAAUGUGGCAAGAACAUGGUGCUUUGAAACGGGUUUACUAAAUAACGUUGUUUUGGACAAAGACUUGCCGUACAAUGAGUACUACGAGUACUACGGUCCGGACUAUAAACUGAGUGUUAGACCUUCGAAUAUGUUUAAUGUAAAUACUCCAGAGUAUCUUGACAAAAUAAUGACCAAUAUAUUUGCAAAUUUGGAAAACACAAAGUACGCUCCAAGUGUUCAAUUAAAUCACACACCGAGGGAUGCAGAAGAUUUGGGUGACGUUGAAGAAGAUUCUGCGGAAGCCAAAGAUACGAAGGGCGGUUCGCAGUUUGCAAGGGAUCUACAUGUUGAACAUGACAAUGAAUUCUAUUGA